UUCUGAGAGAAAAUGUUUUUGUCGUUUCUGUCAUUGAAAAGACUUAUAAAAAAUUCAGUUGUAUUAUCCAAAGUUUAGAAUUAAAAGAAUAAACGAAGAAUAAAGUAAUAAUUAUUGCAAAUUAUAGAGAUUACUGCAUCAGGUCACAGGUUCUUUUAUAACCAUAUCAAUAGACAUACACUUGCUUAUUUUGUCCUUCUUGAAUAUAGGGAGUUUUUUUUUUGUGUUUAUCAAGAUAUCUUAGCAACCCAGAAGAUGAAAAGAAGAUUACUAUACAUGUAAAUAUUUAUUCCAUUGGCUGCUUUGUACUAUUAUCCAAUGUUUUAAACAUGUAAUUAUCCAUUCCUCUAAGUCUAAUGAUAUACUUCGUUGAAGAAACGUCAACAAUCAUCGAUAUAUUUCUGCGUUUUGCACAUCUGUUAAGUUGAUAAGCACAAACAUGCUAGACAAGUUUGUCCUAACAUCGUUUCAUCUUGCAGCUAAUCUAAUCUUAUAGAUAGAGCUUUUAGAGAAGGCUAAAUAAAAGAGACAAUCUCUUCCUUGUUAUGUCAUCUGAAAAUAAACGAAAGAAAAAAAAAAAUAUAUAUAUAUAUAUUAAAAGCUUUAUUCUAAAUAGUCAGCUUACAAAUAAAUCUGAUGAUUCUAUUCCUGUUUUGCAUAUAUGUUAGUAGUUUAUCCUAAUUCAACUGACAUCUUUCACGCUUCGUUUCGCUUCUUUAACAAUAGGAUUCAUUAUCAAUAUCUUAUUUUCUCUAAGCAUACAUAAACUAAACGUCGAUGAAUGCGUUAAUAACAUCGUAAGAAAACAAAAGCAGUAUAAUAAUAUGUAUGAAAAGCAAAACAUGAACUAAUAAGUGCUUAUUUCCUCUGGAAAGAAACGGAAAUCUUUACAUUGACUGGUCUUUUUUUGUUAUAUAUAUAUAUAUAAGAGCUCGACUUAUUUUUAGAAAGACUGUCCAAAAGGAAAAUUAGACAAGAAGAAAUUUAUUGAAGUUUAUAAACAAUUUUAUCCAACUGGUAAAGCAGAUAAAUUUUGUUCACAUGUAUUUAAAACAUUUGAUACUGAUAAUUCAGGAGAAAUUGAUUUUGUUGAAUUUCUUAUUGCUAUUUCUGUAACAUCACAUGGAGAUAUUCGUGAAAAACUCAAUAUGGCAUUUAAUAUGUAUGAUAUUGAUAAAAAUGGAAAAGUUGAUGCAAAAGAAAUGGAACAAAUUGUUACUGCUAUUUAUGAUUUACUUGGAGAAGAAAAUCGUAAAGGUGAAAAUUCUCCAUCAAAACGUGUAGAAAAAAUUAUGAAUAAACUUGAUUUAAAUGGUGACCGUUCAUUAACAAAAGAUGAAUUCAUAAAUGGAUGUUUACAAGAUGAUUUUCUUAAAAAUUUACUAGCACCUAAUGCUUGA